AUAAAAUGUAAUCGCACAGAACAAGUCUCUGUCGUUGCUUGGGUGCGGGUGGAGCGGUGCCCGAUCUUUGAUCCCGGUAAAAGUGUAUUUAAAGCUUCGACUUGAGUGAAUCAACUUUUACCUUACCUAUGGAUUGACUGCGAUUAGGGUUGUCGUAAUCUUUCCUCACUAAACAUUCGUUUACCAGAAAUAUGUGCCAUUUCUUAGCUAGCCAUUGAAAGCACUCGACAGAGCCCGCAACAGCGCAAUCAUGAAGAACACUGGCAAGCUGAGGGGCAAAACCUUAUUCAUUACCGGCGCAUCCCGCGGCAUUGGCAAGGCGAUAGCCCUGAAGGCAGCUCGCGAUGGGGCGAAUAUAGUGAUCGCUGCCAAGACGGCGGAACCACACCCCAAGCUACCUGGAACCAUCUAUACGGCGGCUGAGGAGAUCGAGCGGGCUGGAGGCCGCGCGCUGGCCUGCAUUGUCGAUGUGCGCGAUGAGAAGCAAGUCCAGCAGGCUGUGGAGGCAGCGGUGGCCAAAUUCGGAGGCAUCGAUAUUGUCAUCAACAAUGCCAGUGCCAUAUCGCUAACCCCCACGCUCGACACGGACAUGAAGCGCUAUGACCUGAUGCAGAACAUCAACACUAGGGGGACGUUUCUAGUAUCGAAAAGCUGCCUGCCGUAUCUACUGAAAAGCGACAAUCCGCACAUACUGAACCUGUCGCCGCCGCUCAACAUGAAGCCCCAGUGGUUCGCCAAUCACGUCGCCUACACAAUCGCCAAAUACGGAAUGUCCAUGUGUGUUCUGGGAAUGUCGGAGGAGUUACGUGACCAAGGAGUGGCCGUAAAUGCUCUGUGGCCGCGCACAACGGUUCACACGGCAGCGGUGGAGAUGCUCAAUGGUCCAGAGGGGGCGUUGUAUUCCCGCAAGCCCGAAAUAAUGGCCGACGCUGCCUAUGCGAUUAUUAGUCGCGAUGCGAGGGACUACACCGGGCAGUUCUUCAUUGACGAUGAGGUUUUGCUGGAUGUUGGAGUGAAGGAUCUUGCCAAAUAUGCCUGCUAUCCGGAGAAUAUACAUAAGCUGGCUACGGAUAUUUUUUUGGACGAUACUGGACCUUUUGCUAAGUUGUAAAUUUGUGUUAUUUUAUUGAUUUAUACUGUAUGAAUAAAGGGAGGAUUUGGAAAAC